AUGAUAUCCGCUGACGGCGCAGAGGCACUCUGGACGUUUUCUCAAGCAUUCACGUCCUCUUUCCAAGCGUCUUGUUCCGAACUUGCCACCCGUCUCAAAGUUGCAGAUGCAGGCUCUGUGCACUCCAUCGCCGGAGAAAUACAGGCUCUGAACAAGCGUUUGACUGAAGCCACCGGGAGGCUUCCAAGCUAUGAUCAAAGACAAAAUGAACUGCAACUCAAAGCAUUAGAGAAGUCGCUCGAGGAAUUGCGCUCAUCGACCACAGGGAAAACAAAAUUCGCUUUUAAACGGAAGGCCAAGAUAUCAGCGUCAACAUCAGCAGGGACCGCAACGCCACCUGCUCCGGUGAAUGCACCAGCGAUACCUACAUCAACAAUAUCUAGUGCCUCCAGAACGAUAUCCAACCACUCCAAUUGCUACCUCUCUAGAUCGUGCCUUUCUGGUCCCAGCUCAUCCACAGAUCAUAUAGAGGUGUCUAUAAUAAGAAUAUCGAGCAGCAUCUUAAAUCUUCUUAUGACCACGAAUGAGUCAACUCUGUCUGCUAAUACCGUUUCGAUUUCGGCGCUUCACAUCCGCGACAUACAGAAUUCAAUUCUCAUUCUAGGGACCGUCGAUGGUAGCAUCAUGUUGCACAACUUAACAAAUUGCGUGGUUGUUGCUGGAUGUCACCAGUUCAGGAUGCACAAUUCUACUGCCGUAGAUGCCUAUGUUGACAUUACAUCGAAUCCCAUCAUCGAAAGCUGUGAUCAAGUGAGGUUUGGCGUCUACCCGAGCGAGUUGAAGAUAACCACUGAUCAGCAACCUCUGGUCAUUAAAAACCAUACUGAGCUCCCUUUCUUGCCCCAGGACUUCUCGCACAUUCGCGCCACACCAUCACCCAAUUGGAGAGCGCUGGAGGAAGACGAGUUAGUUCAUGAUUGGCCCCUUUCAGAGACUAAUUACGCUGUCCAACUCGAAAGAGCAUUGCCCCGUCCCAAAAUCUGAUGCUUAUUGCUGACGGACUUCACGUCCCUCGCCACGCACGUGGAUACUAGUAGGUGAAGAAGAAGUUGCUGUCGUGAUAAUGAGCCCCAUCAAUCGACUAUGUUGACGUCCGGUCUGAUGUACUGGGCAGACGCGAAUUGCUUCCGCGGGAUCAAACGUUCCGUUCUUACAUAUGUUAGAUGUUAGAUAUACCUUCGUAUAAGAUAAUAUAAGUGGCCUACCUGUUGAUUCUGA